GUUGCUACUUUGUAUGCGUUGUUUGUUGGCAACCUUGUACUUUACGAAGUUUUUGGAACAGAUUCCUGUUGGAACUUUAAACAAAUUAUACCCACCGGUUUCCCAAUCGGCUUUCGCAAUGGCCGGAGCCUCCGUUGGCUAGCCGGUUAUCAGCUAACCUGAUCGCAGCUAAAGUUAGCUAGCUAGAUGAGCCUGACAGAGACGUAGCUGGCUGGCUAGCUUACUCACAAGCUAACGUUAGCUAGUUGCGUAGUUAGCUAGCUCAUGCUUGCUAUACAUGUCUUUACACAGUGCCGAUUGUGCAAAACACGAGUAAAACUACUAUUAGGAACAGACUUAAGGAAAUGGACAAGUUGAAAAAAAAUAUUACUAGUCAGGAAAAUGAGAUGAUUCUUCCCAAUUAACAUCGAAAACCUGCUAGGUAAUAGUUGGCUAGCUAACUUCGAUUUAUGCUUAUUAGCCACAGCAUGACUUGCAUAACUGACUGUGUAAACAAAUGCGAAUACCUGUGCGACAGAAGAAUCCUCCGAUAUCGCGAUCUCCUCUUUAUCUUUCGGAGUUUUUACCGUGACCACGAUCAUGGUCUCGUCUGAGGCAUCAUUUUCAACAACGUUGGAAUCCACAGUGGGAUCUGUGCCGCUGUUCUCCGCCAUCUUUACUCCUCUUCAAAUUCACUACAUCCAGAGAGGAAGAGAGCUGUGUAACCAAGAGUGGCCAGCAUGUCAGUGACCGUGACCAAUGGCAAAGGGGUGGCUGUAUUUACCGUGAACGCUAAAGAAGGAAGCAGUUGGCCCCUGCUCUGUCAAAUACUUGACCCAGCAAGCUCUGUGUCCCAGAGACCUUGGAGGCUCCAAGCAAAUUCCCAGUCAGCUCUGGGGACUAUACAGAUCAUGGUGGGAGUACUCAACAUUGACUUGGGAGCGAUCCUUGUUAGCACUGAUUAUACACUGGCAGGGUAUAGGGUUCCUUAUUGGCUUGGUGGUGUGUUUAUAGCAGUUGGCAUCAUGUGUAUAUUGGCUGAGAAGUUCCCCAGUCCCUGCUUGGUGGGCAUCAAUAUGUUGACGAACCUGUCAGGUGCUUCUCUGGCCAUUGCUGGAAUUGUACUGGCGAACUGCCAUUUCUGGUGGAGUUGCAAUGAUGACGACUACAUCUGGCGAGAUGACUACUAUGGCGGCCAGGUGAGACAACUACCAAGUCAUCCGCAGAGGGAUAGACUCUUAGCGAAAUGCAAAGAUGCCAAGCAGGUUUCACUGAGAUGGUGGGUUCCAUGUUUUAAAGCACAUUCUAAUAGCUGAUGUUGAGGAAUGCCUUGGACAUCGUGCUCAUCGUCCCUGGAGUCCUUCAGCUUUGUGUCACCAUCAGCUCUGUGGUGUCGGGUCUCAAGGCUUUGUACAAGGAUGGAAAGGAGGGAAAAGAACAUCCAGGACCUGGAGCAGCAUAAGCCUCUGCUGGAGGAGGUCACCACUAACCCUGCAGCUUAAAGAGCACAGAUCUGAUAUACUUUAUUGUCCACGAGGGUCAAUUUUGUCGUGGACGAUUUAGUGGUGCUGCUUCCACAUGAAAUCCAUAGAAUCAAAUGUAUUCUACAUCAAUGGAACAUCAUCAUCAUACACGCCCCCACACAUUUUAUGUUUCAUACAUACAGUAUGUAGUACAUAUAGUUAACAUACAACUAGUGUCAAGUCACAGUAAAUUAAGUGUGUCUUCAUGCAGUUUGAGUCAUGUUUUUUGUAUUUGUCAUUUUUACAAAACUGAAAGGACAGAUAAAGGGGAAUAUAUCAAGUUAAUUACUGAAUUGAUUGUUGUAUAUUAUUUCUUUUUUGUAUUUUUAUAUUUUCUUACUGUAUUACCCCCCCCAACAAAAACCAUACAAAUAAUAAUAAUUAACAAACUGUCUUAGCUCAACAGUUUCAAAACCGUUUUCCUUAACAUUGCCAUCAGGUGGCAGUCAUUCCCAUACAAACAUUGGUUGCUCAUAGGUUAUCUUGGAGGCAAAUACAGGUAACGAAAACGCCAACAUAAAGUGUCUUCAGGUCUAAGCCCAUAAGGUCGCAAUAUCUACUAAGUUAAGAUAUGGAAUUGUUUUUAGAUGGUCAUAAAAUUGAUAAGUUUGCCAUUUGAA